AUCUCGUUAUGAUCACGGCGAUAUCUCCAAGUCGAGCGUUUCCAUGACAACUAGUUAUUUUUAGCGCACCGCGACUGAUGUAGGCCAGAGAGCUCAAACUUCCAUUGCAGAUAUCGCAGAACAUGCCAACCCAAAUCUGGAAUUGUGGGACACUAGGGUAAAUGGGCCAGCUUCAAUAUACAGCUACAUUCCUUCAACAUUACAACAAGAAACACCACGAAGAACAUAAGCCAACCAACACCGAAAAUGAGUGAUCUGGUUUUAAAAACGGGCGUGAGUAGGACCACGUCGAAGGAAGCCGACAAAGAUUCCGUGGCGGGAAGAUUUGAAAUCACACAUAGGCAACUGACCACGGCCCAGGCAAAACUGGUUGUCGCACAACCGGUCAAUGAAGACCCGCCUAGUCCCCUCUCCCAGGAGUUCCAGGAACACACGUCUUCAUUUGGCCCCAUUCGGGCCCCAGUUACCAAGUUAGGGUGGACGAAGAAAGGACCAAGGGAACGUCGGGUUUUCGAGCGGUUUAUUUAUUGCCUUCCAGAUAUACUUUCUUUCGUCCCUUCCUUCACCUCUACCGUAGAACGAGAUCUUCACCUUAAAAGAGAGUACCAGUGCAUGGGAUAUGGGUACCCAUCCCGUGACUACAACAACGGCUACCCUCGCCCCACCUGCAUCUUCAUCAACCAGACGGCGGAGGAGUUCCGGGACUUCCUGGUGAAGCUCUACCCCAACCUUGAGGGCAGAGACGUGGAGGUGUACAGGAUGGACAGACAGAAGAAGCUCCUCUCGGUUGUGUCGGGAACUCCUCGGGAACUCAAGGACAUGAACUAUAAAGGCAUCAUCGUCAUCAUUCCUAGGAGUGUAAAUGGCGACAGACAAGAUGUCCCUGUCACCAGCACGAGCAGCACGACGGAUGACACUGGUCCAGAAGGCGACACUGUGCUGCACGCGGUGUCAGUCAAGCAUCUGAAUUACAGAAUCCUGCCCCAACUUUCCCCAGUCCAGCACCCUCACGUUCCUGUGACGUCACCAGCCACACAGACCCGGGUGAAACAAGAACCCGUGGAGCCAACGGAACCGUCAGUAUCCGAAGAUGGAACUUCCUACUCUCCUGGUGAUGUCUGCAAGAUACGGUCGCUGGCUUUACUGGAGAGGUUGAACCUCGGGGCAGCUCGCACCAUGAUGAUCUCGCGAGACUCGUUCGUGGAUGACGUCAUCACGUUUUACAAGGACGACCCAUCCGUCGUGGGCAAUGAUCUACUGGUGUUUGUUCAGAAUAGUAGAAAUGGCGACAUUGAAGAAAUGUGCACAAACAGAAUAUUCACGGAGUUUUGGAGAAAGGCAUACAAGUGUUGGUUUGUUGGCAAUGCAGAAACUGUUCCUAAACUGUCGCCUCUGGUGAGUCGAGAAUUGUUUGUUGUUCUGGGGAGAAUACUUGCACAUGGUUUGAUACUGUCAAACUAUUGGCCAUUGAAGUUGUCCAGGGCCUGCGCACAUGUGAUCAUUACAGACCAGGAAGCUUCAGAUAAACUAGUGAUGGAUUCAUUCAGAUGCAUACUAUCGGAAAGUGAAAGAGCGGUGAUUAAGGACCUGGAGGACCAGGUGCAGAGAUGUGAUGGGUAUGAGUCGCCAGCAACUAUGGCACAGGCUGCAAUUGCCUUAGCACCUUAUGGAUGCACCCAGCUCCCUUCCGCAGACUGUCUUGGAACAUUCCUUCUUGAAAUGGCUAUCCAGUUUUGUUAUUGUCGUCCACAUUGGCCACUUACACAAAUGAGCAGAUCUUUCAAGAAUUCCUCAAACUCUACUUUCAUUGCACUCUCUGAAUCUGACAUUACCGAUUUUUACAAUGUUCUUCAACCAACAGCUACAUCAGUAACAAAGAAACUAUCUUACUCCUACUCGGACAAUGGCAGAGUCAAAAGUUUUGAGAAAUCUGUGAGCUCCUUUUUGGAAAAGGUUUUGCUGAAGCUUGGGCAAGACCAGCUGAGGCGUCUUUUACUGUUGUGGUCCAACACUGACUGCCUGAAUAUGAAGGUUCUCCACGUGGCUUUCUCGGAGUCAGAUCAAGUUUCCCCACCUGUGUUUGAUGGGUUUGCCAACGAGAUGUGUCUCAGCCGGUACUUCCCCUCAGCCGAGGUGUUGCAGGAGCACCUUGAAACCAGCUUAGAGGAAAGUGUUGCCUUCAGGUUGUGAUGCUAAGUUCACCACCACAACGAUGAUAAAAUAUCUCAUAGGUAGGUGCUGGCUUUGGAUCAGGCAUUUCUUUUACGUGUCUUUGAGACUGUGUUCUGAUCAGGAUGUAACCAAUCUCGGACUCUGUGUUAACCUUUUGAUCGUAUAUGAAUAAAACAGGAACUCACAGAAA